AUGCAGCCCCGUUCCCUCGCGCUGUGGGUGCGCUCCAGCUGCUGCCCGUCCCUAGCCGACCUGCUCAUGCUCUGCCUGCGGAAACGCGUGGCUCUCACCCGCUCCAUGUUCUUGUCGUGUAGCACCAUUUCUCUGCUCAGAAGCGUCCCCAGGAAACGCGCAAGCCCGGCAGGUCCUUUCUCCUUGGCUUUCCCGAGGAAGCCGCGGAGGGAGCGGCGCUGCGGAAGCAGCCUGCAAAGACAGGAGUUGCCUUUCGGAAGGCACUGCCGGGCUGAAGCUGCCACCCGCUGGAGCCACCUCCAGCGCUGCUGCGAGGGAAGUCGCAACUGUGCGUUUGGCAGGACGCGCAGCCAGGGAGAGGCGAACCGCAAGUUCCGCGGCAAGGCGACGGCGGGCGGAAAGGCUCAGCAGGCAGACACCUUCCUUCUGGAGCCGCAUGAGGAGCUGGCGAUAUGCAAGUACUACGAAAAAAGGCUACUGGAUUUCUGUGCUGUCUUUAAGCCUUCCAUGCCUCGGUCUGUGGUGGGAACAGCUUGUAUGUAUUUCAAGCGCUUUUACCUCAAUAACUCAGUGAUGGAGUAUCAUCCUCGGAUAAUAAUGCUUACAUGUGCAUUUUUGGCAUGUAAAGUAGAUGAAUUUAAUGUGUCCAGUGCACAGUUUGUUGGUAACCUUCGAGAAAGCCCUCUUGGACAGGAAAAAACUCUUGAGCAGAUACUGGAAUAUGAACUACUACUAAUUCAACAGCUGAACUUCCAUCUUAUUGUCCACAAUCCGUACAGACCAUUUGAAGGAUUUUUAAUUGAUUUGAAGACUCGUUAUCCAAUGCUGGAGAAUCCUGAAGUUUUGAGGAAAACAGCUGAUGACUUUCUUAAUCGAGUAGCUCUGACAGAUGCGUAUCUGCUCUUUGCUCCCUCACAAAUAGCUCUGACUUCUAUAUUAUCUAGUGCUUCAAGAGUGGGAAUUAAUAUGGAAAGUUAUUUAUCAGAAAGUCUUAUGCUGAAAGAAAACAGAACAUCCUUAACCAAGCUACUAGAUGGCAUGAAAUGCAUGAAAAAUCUCAUAAAGAAAUAUGAACUACCAAGGCCUGAGGAGGUUGCUGCUUUAAAACAAAAAUUGGAGAAAUGUCACAGCUUGGACCUUUCACUUAAUAUAAACCCGUAA